GGUAUGCAUGUAGUUCAGGUAGCAGCCAUUGUUGUGGGAGUUCAUGGCGUGCGUGCUCUCCCACUGGUUGUUAGUGUUCAUGAUGUGUGAGUACGCAUAUACAUCCAGGUAGCCGUCGUCGCCGCGAGCGCGGAAGGCCUUCCGCGUGCUGCUGUGGGCGAAGCGGCUCGGCCGGCGGCGGCCACGUGCGGUGAUACAGAUCGGUGAGACUAUGAAGAGGGUUGGGGCUCUGCUCCAGACAAUUUUUUUCGCCGUUCUUCAACCACUCCAAAAGCUCUCCUCCAACACUUGAUUGAUUAGGCCGAAACCUUGACCAACACCUCCCCUGCUACAAUCGGCCAGCUACGCGGUUCCAGCGAAGGUCGCCAUGGCGUCUCCGAAUAGCGAAACUCUGGAACGGUACAAGAACGCCAUCACGGCCGCCUCCUCCGUCGUGGGAGCGGCCAUGCUGCUGCGCCGGUUCGUCGCCGACGUCCUCCCGGACACGGCCCUGGGCGCGCUGCUCCUCCUGCCGCCGGCCUCUGCCCGGCGCCACUCGGUGGUCAUCGAGGAGUUCGACGGCGCCUUCUACAACCGCGUCUUCCUCGCGGCCAAGGCGUACGUGUCCACCCUCCUCGCCGCGGCGCCCGUGCCGCUGAUGAAGGCCACCCUGCCGCGCGGCGCCGGCGCGGAGCAGAUCACGCUCGCCAUGCGACCCGGCACGGCGGUCGUCGACGUGUUCGACGGGGCGGAGCUGACGUGGCGACUGAGCAGCCACGGCGGCAGGCGCCGGGGCGGCGGGGACGACGCGCGGGAGGUCUUCAAGCUCAGCUUCGACGGGCGGCACAAGGACAUGGUGCUCGGCGCCUACCUGCCGGCCGUCAUGGCCCGCGUCGCGGCCAUGUCCCAGGGGCACAGGCAGGCCAAGCUCUACAGCAACGAGUGGGGCAAGUGGCGGCCCGUGCGGCUCCGCAACGCCUCGACGUUCGCGACGCUGGCCAUGGACGACGCGCUGCGGCAGGCGGUGGUGGCCGACCUGGACAGGUUCCUGGGCAGGAAGGAGUACUACGCGCGGACGGGGAGGGCGUGGAAGAGAGGGUACUUCAUUCACGGGCCGCCCGGCACCGGCAAGUCCAGCCUCGUCGCCGCCAUCUCCAACCACCUCCGCUUUGACGUCUACGACCUCGAGCUCGGCAGCGUCCGGUCCAACACCGAGCUGAGGAAGCUGCUGAUCCGGAUGAAGAACAGGUCCAUCUUGCUGAUCGAGGAUGUCGACUGCGCCGCCGUGGCGGCUCCCUGGAGGGAAGCAGGCGGAGGCCCCGACUAUGGCAGCACGUCCUCCAUGAAUCGUAAGGUGACUCUGUCCGGGCUGCUCAACAUGGUGGACGGCCUCUGGUCCAGCAGCGGCCACGAGCGCAUCCUCAUCUUCACCACGACCCACGUGGACCAGCUCGACCGCGCGCUGCUCCGGCCCGGCCGGAUGGACAUGCAUGUGCACAUGGGCUACCUCGGCUUCGGCGCCUUCAGGGAGCUCGUGGCCACCUACCACGGCGCCGCCGACGACGCCCACCCGCUCUUCCCGGAGAUCGAGGCGCUGCUGCGGGAGGUGGAGGUGGCGCCGGCCGAGGUCGCGGAGAAGCUGCUGGUGACCGACGACGCCGGCGCCGCCAUCGAGACGGUCGCGAAGCUUCUCAGGGACAGGAAGGCCGGGACCGAGGAGGACGGCGGCGGGUACGUCAGCCAGAAGCUUCACGCGGGCACGGGGCGUCGGCACCCUCGGCAGCCGUCUCGUCGACGAGGCGCCGCGGCUGCGACGAGGCGGGGGGUGUUCGGCGAUGAAAUCGGCAUGGAGGUCUCGCGGGGACAGGGACGGCGCGGCGGGGGUGGAGUCGACGGCCGAGGACGAGGACGGCGAUAGGAAUAAACACAAACUGCAACUCGCCAUGUUUAAUUGUGACGCUUCCUGUAGUUUUGCUUUGGCCUCUCUCACGUGUGCGAGAGAGGUUGACAAACAGGUAAUGUGCACGCCACUUCAUUUCAGCAUAUGCCUUUGGCAAUUGGCACAUGCAUUGGAACAUUCCUAAUCCAUAACAUUAGAUAUGGUUUCUAUAAACUUUUAUUAUUAAGAAACUGUACUAGACACUGCUCUUUCAAUACAAACAUCACUAU